AAAGAGGAGGGCAUAAAGGUGUCCAGUUACCACAAGUGGCUGAGUUUUGUUUGUUGGCAGCAGGGUCAUUUACCACAAAUCCCAGAGGAGCUGUGUAGCAUGGAAACACAUCAAUAUACGCCGACAACUCUGAUUAGAGCCGCGGGACUUUGCAGUCAGGCAAGUUUGGCAGCCCGCAAGACAGCUCCAGUUACAAAGCUUUGGAGUUAGAAACAAAGAACUGGGGAAAGGAAGGGGAACAAAUAUUGUAAAGAGAAAGAGAGAGAGGGAGAGAGAGACGGAGAGAGAGAGAGAGAGAGAGAGAGAGAGAGAGAGAGAGAGAGAGAGAGAGAGAGAGAGAGAGAGAACUUUUUAGAAAGACAGAGCUUUGGUGGAAGGUGGAGAAGUCAUCUUGGGAGUUCCACUACCAGAGAGAGAGGGGGACCUUGCUUGUUCCCUGUCCCCAUCAAAGGAGGUGUUUCUGGGCCUGCAGAGGAGCACCAUGAGGCAGACACUUCGAGGCUGCAUGCAAACAAACCUGACAGCACCCUCUAGAACACACACAACCAAGAACAACUGCUACGACCAUUGCAGUAUUAGAGAGUACUAGACCCCUGCAUCCUACUGAACCAGUCGUCCCCAGGCCCGGCAGACGCAGAAAGUCAAUGACGGUCCCACCGAAACCCCAGAAGCCCCAGAAGGAGGGUUCAAAGAGCAAGAGGGUUCUGUUCACAGUCCUCACUGUACUGGUGGUACUGGGAAUACUGGCCACAGCUAUUUUCUUCAUCAAGCAGCUGAUCGACAGCAAGUUCUUCUUCUGCUCGGGUUCGGUGAAGUUCAUCCCUUUAGACCAGGCUUGUGACGGCAAGGAGGACUGUUCAGCGGGAGAGGAUGAGAAAACCUGCGUGUCCAAUCUCACAGUCAACACCACCUUUCCAGUGCGUCUCCUGGGCAACAGCAGUGUGCUGCAGGUCUACAGUUCUGGGCCGGGCUGGAUGACUGUGUGUAGUGAUGACUGGACCCAACAGCACACAGACACAGCCUGUAAACAGCUGGGAUACACACAUACCCCCAGCAGCCGUCCCGUCCAGGUGGGAACCCUCUCCUCGGCCAUCAAGACCGGAGUCUUUUCAUCCGUCAUCGCCGCGUCCAAGACCACGCCCAUAAACCUGUCUGUCACCCAACGCAAAGUGUGCCCCUCAGGAUCUGUGAUCUCCUUAACUUGCUCAGACUGUGGGCAUGUGGGGAUCCAGGAGCGUAUUGUGGGGGGUUCUGACGCCGUCAUAGAGAACUGGCCCUGGCAGGUCAGCCUGCAGCAAAACGGACAGCACUCCUGUGGAGGCUCGCUGGUGUCACCUAACUGGGUCGUCACGGCAGCACACUGCUUCUCUGGGAGUAAGAAGGAGGUGAGCAGGUGGAGGGUGGUGUCCGGGAGGACCUACUUGGGGACUCUGGGAGGCUCCAGUGUGGACAGGAUCAUCCUGAACGGAGAGUACCGCCCCGCUGCCAACGACUACGACCUGGCCAUGAUGAGGCUCAGCAGCCCCAUCGCCGUGGGAGGGUCACGUCUGCCAGUGUGUCUGCCCCCCAAGGAUCUGUACCUCCCUGCUGAGGCCUCCAUGGUGGUGACAGGCUGGGGAUACCUGGAGGAGAAAGGGAAGGUAUCUCCAGUGCUCCAGAAGGCCAACGUCCCCCUCAUCUCCACAUCUCAGUGCUCCAGUUCCAGCAUCUACGGCUCUGCCAUCACUCCCAGGAUGCUUUGCGCCGGCUUCCAGGAGGGCAAGGUCGACGCCUGUCAGGGCGACAGUGGCGGCCCCCUGGUCUACCUGUCGGGGCGCUGGAGGCUGGUGGGCGUGGUCAGCUGGGGGGUUGGCUGUGCGAGGGCGGGCCGUCCAGGCGUGUACUCUAACGUGGAUGAGAUGCUCAACUGGAUACACACUGUCAUGGAGGCAAACCCUUGAAGUUCCACACCAUGAUCUACUACUACUGCACUGGGCGCGUGCACUGAGAAGACAAAAGAAAGAAGUCUUCAGAAAAACACAAACACAAAACACUCACUCUCAUUGGUUCAUUCCAUGUAGUUUUAGGUGCCGUCUCAGGGGACCAUAUGGUCAUAACACACAGACACACACACUGACAUACCUGGUAUUAGGGAUUACAGAGGUGACUGGAGGAGUGGGUAUACUUUUUGUAACAGGAGGUGAACAGCGUUUACUUUUACAUGUGCAAUUUGACCAUUUCUUUCCAUUUAGGGUGAUUGAUGAGGGACAUUUGUACUGUAUACUGUUGAUUGCACUCACACAUACAAGGAACGAGUGGUGUAUUGUAGAUAUUUUUUAGAGAAACCAGCCAUCCUACUUGAUCUUGGGAGUGCCAAUGUAUUCCCCGUUUGAUUCAUUUAACUUGAAUGAGUUGUUAAGUGGCCAAGUCACUAGUUUCCCCAAAACAGGAUGACAGAGCCGUAUAUAGUACACAUCCUGUACCAUACUGGACCACACCGCUGAGCUGGCUCAGCUAACAAACACUGACCAGCCCUGUGAUCAGCUGUCUCGACACACCUGUCUAGACCGACCGACUGUCGAUCCACAACCCUGCAAGUACCAUCAGCUGAAGCCACUCCAGUCCAGGUUUUGAGCCACCUUGAGUUUUCAGCCUGUUCUGGAUCUGGACCUCACAGUUUUGCUGGUCCAUUGAGUGUAAUUGUGAAGAGAAAAUGAUUGAUUGUAUUUUUGUAUAUAUUGUAUACUUGGUGGUUGCCUGUGUAAGUUAUUUGAAUGUAAAUAAUUGAUUGUAAAUAUGAUAUUACAUAAAAAUGACAAUAAUGUGCAAUAAACGCCUUGCUUCGACUGGCCUGGCCAGAAUCUG